CAUAACUGAGCUGCUCCUCUCCGUCCAUCUCGACGCGGAGCUGUCCGGGGCCAGUGGUGCUGAAACUGUCAAGCUAUCCGACGCUGCCUCCGGGGCUGAUAGCACGUUCCUCCGAUUCCAGGUUCAAGCAUUUCCCAGUUGCGCUCUUUUUCCUCUCUUUUUUUUUUUCUUUUUUUUUUUUUUUUUUUUUUUUUUCUCCGUAUCCACUUUUUGCGUGAAGUCUCAAGGCGUCUGAGUUGAACGCCGAUUUGGAAGAAAUCUCUCCCCACGACCCCGCCGCCCUCUCCAGGAGCGCACCGACUCUGUAACGUCAGCCGCUCAAACCGAGGACUCUCCGGACCGCAGCCAUGGCUUUCAUGGUAAAACACGUGGUGGGAGGGCAGCUGAAGAACCUGACGGGCGGCCUCACGGAGGAGAAAUCCGAGGGGGAGAAAUCAGAAGCCUCCGCGCAGGGAAUGACUCAAGAGGAAUUUGAACAAUAUCAGCAACAGUUAGAGGAGGAAAAACAAGAACGAGAAGCUCAUUUUGCCCAGAAGAAAGCAGAGAGGGCUACAGUUAGAACCCAUUUUCGGGAAAAGUACAGAUUACCAAAGAAUGAGCUCGACGAGACCCAGAUCCAGCAGGCAGGGGACGACGUGGUGCUGCCCACAGAGCUGGCCAAGAUGAUCGCUGAGGACAACCAGGAGGAGGCGCACAAGCAGUCCGUGCUGGGCCAGCUGUCCAACAUCCAGAACGUGGACAUCGACCAGCUGAAGGACAAAGCCCAGGCCACACUGGAAGACCUCAAGAAGCAGACGGAAAACUGCAACCUCAUGUGAAGAGGGCCUGAGCGGUUCCACAAAACAGAGUUUCACUUGUGCAGAUAUUUAUCAGAGGCAGAGCUUCUCCUGGUGUAGACAUUUUCUCAUUGCUUUAGUGAGCAGAGUUGCAUAAUUAUUGUCUUAUGGGGAUCAAAAUCAGACUGGAGCCUAUGAGACCUUUGGCUCACCUUCUAACUAGUUAAAACCAUUUUGAGUCUUAAUCAUCCUGAAUGUUAUUCACGUUUAUACAAAAAAGAAAAAGUAAGAAAAUGAGCCAAUUUGCUCUCUGAUAAAACUGAAACCAGUGAGAUCAUUUCUGCAGGUCUGAGCAAGUUCUCCUCUUGGUAAAUGUGUACAGUGCACCAGAUCCUUCAUUCCCUGUGUUCCCAUUCUCCUUCGUUCUCUGUACCUGGCCAGUGACAACACCAUGCAGUUCUGCAGCAGAGGUCGUAGCAGUGUGUAUGUGUGUGUUCCCUCCCCUUUCUUCUCCAAAACUCAGCAGAGGAUUUUUAUUGGUUAAGGCGUGCAUCUAUAAUAAAGUCAGGACCACUGGGGUCAGCUGCUUGGUUGGAACGAGAACACACAUGCACAAGCUUAACACUCAGGGCCAGCCUAAGUUAGAACUGGACUCUAAACAAAUUUUGAUUUAGAAGACCUUUUCCCACCCACCAGAGUUUCUACAACCACUUUUAGUUUGCAUUGCUUCUUCAUUCUUUUUAGUUAAAUAGUGGUUGAUAAAAAGUGUUUUAGAAGGUGAAAACAGCCAGUAGACCCUGGAUUUGGGGCACUUUUUCUGACUUACUCAUACGCUUUCGCAGCGUCGUAGAGUUAGGCAGAAUGGGUGAGUUUGACUGGUUUUGCCUUCAAGCUACAAAAAAGUUGUCAGUUAUUUUCAAGCAUAUUUUUCUGCCAUUGUGUAUCAGUUUUGUUUCUGAGUGUAGUUAAGUAUUUUGUCGAACUAUGACAAUUAUUAGCCAUAGUAAUGCUCAAGCGGUUCUUAUUGACUUUCUCUUGAGAAAUAUAAGCAAUUCUGAGCUCUGAUUUAAACUGAAUCAUCUUCCUUUGGGAUUAACAUAAUCUUACAGCGUAACACAAAUAUUUCUAAGCACAUCUAAAAAAAUAUUCUUAAAAUGAUCAGGUAUUAAAGCAUGUACAAAAUGUCCCUAAAACAGCAUUGAAAUACCUCAUAGUUGGUCUUGUGGCAAGUAGCUUCAUCUUGAAUGCAAAAGAGUCGGGUACAAAAGCAAACUGCAAAAGUGUGAAAUGGUAAAUUAGCCAAAUGACCAGCACUCCGGUCAGAAUUAGAGGACUCUUUGAGGACCCUUCUGGCCUGGGGGCCCUAAACAGCCUUGACCGGCUCUGCACACCAGCUCAUGUUAAUUAUACAAACAAAAUCAGACAAUUUAAUGAGUAACAACUGUUUAGGACAACCAAAAGGUUAAUCUUCCAUGACAUUUGUUUUUUCUGUUGUUUUUUUGUUGUUGUUCUUGUGAGCCUUGUUGGUCAAGGCUGAAGCUCCAAGAUAAUUGAAUCGCUUUCUGAGUGGUUAAUUUAUUAAAUAAUUUUUUUGUUUUUAUUGUUAGUUUUACUAAAACCUACAAAUAAUUACUCACUUGUUUAGGUGUGAAAACUUGCAGUGAUGAAUGCUUUACAUGAACAUGUAACUGUGUGCAAAGUUAAUCCGGCUUCCAUACAAUACCAUUUCUAUCCACUAUAUAUCUACAUAUAAAUUGUGUGUGGAUCUGUUUAUAUGCUGCUUUCUGAUGGCUGCUCAGAUUGGUAGAAAGGAAAUGCUUUCAGUCGUAUGCCAAAGCCUUUGUUGAUAACGCUCUGACCAACGCAGAGGAAAUGGCACGGACAUAUCAGAUUGUUUGCCUCUGGUGUGUGUAUAAAUCCGGCUGAGUCUACAUGCAGAUAUUUAUGUUCUAUGUAGAGUUCUGUGCUGUUUGGCUCCAGCAGGUUGAUUCUCACCAUUUCCAACAACGCGUUGAGUCUUGUAGUGUCGUCAUCCGUCCCAUGAUCCUCGCCUCGUCCUCCAUCUCAUCCGCCAUCUCAGUAUUCGCGUUUCGUGCUGCUGGAUGUUGUGUUGUUAAGCCAGUGUGAUGUGCUAAACGGCGUCUUUGUAAAAGGAAAAAUAAUGAAUCUGUUCCUGUUGCUGGGAGUGCUUGUAACAUGACAGAGCUCACUGUCAGUUAGAGUAGGCUUAAAGUGGGGUCCUGCCUGUGAUGUAAGGAGGGGAUUCAGUGUUGCAUUAAUGUAAAAUACAUUUUAUUUUAUGUGUCAAAAUUUUAGACUUUUGUUCUAACUUCUGUACGGUAGGAUUUUUGUGUUUUAUGUAAAGGAAGCUUACUGUUGUGAUUUCCCGAAAUUAAACGGAAAUGUUAUUUUGUUACGUGCCACGCUGCUAUUGAAUGAAGGCCGAGGCAAUACGUUUUGAGUGCAAUGGGUAAUUUCUUGUGAUAGAGGAUAUUAUCUUCAUAGCAUAUAAAUAACAUAGGAGGAAAGUUGCAAUAACUUAUUUUUAAACAAAGCUACUAGAAUCUGCCAUUAAAGAUCAGAAUAUGGUAUCAAUAGUUGGAAGCCAAGCCAUAAAUUGCAAACUAUUUGUUUUAUAUAGGUGUGAAACUUGAAAUUAAUAACUCAUAAUCCUAAUACACAAGUGUAAAUUCUGUGCUGUUAUCCUGUGAAUCUGAUUUUUAAGGAAAAGGCUGCGAUGGCAGUCUUUUCUUGAUCUUUGGCUGUUUCACUGUAUGUCUGUAACUGUGAGAGUUCUUCAGUGAUGUCCCUUUUUGAGUUUUAACUGCAAUAAACACGUUUUUAUGA